AUGAGGCGAGGUCAUCAAGGUAUUGGCGGAUGGCGUAAUGAAAACUCACGGCACUAUAGAUCUCGAAAUAGCGGCAAUCCCCAUUUUAGACCCCCAAGAAAUUACAACUCACUAAAUACUAAUAGAUUUCCACCGACAGGUUCCAGACCUCACAGACCAUAUUUUAAACCCCAUACUGACACGGAUGGUCAUGUACAAGAACGUGAAAGAAAGCAAUUCUCUCAUGAUUCUCAUUUUCAAUAUCAAAGGUCAAGAAAUCAAAAUGUUUUGAACAACAGACAAAUACCAUUACACUACACAGGUCAAGGAGGAUAUCCAAGCAAUUAUAAAGGUAGCUCACAAAACCCUGAUGUAUUUACAGUUAACAGUUUGGGUGACAUUGAUCAGAGACAACCACCAAUUAAUGAACACUAUUCUAUUCCACCAUGGGGUGUAGAGCAAAAUUUUCAUGACACGGAUGAUCGAAGUUAUCAUCGUCCUUAUAGAAGCACUACACCCUCUAACAAAUUACAUCCUGACUAUGCUGGACACAGGCCACCUGCAUCAGACCAUUAUGUGGGCAGUUCUACAGCUACAAAUGACAAAUCAAAUAGUUUUAGUAGAUCUGUAGAUGAUACAGUUAAUAUUGUGAGAAAAAGAUUAUUAAAUCGUGGUGAAGCACCUAUGUCAGAAGAAACCGAGAGGGCUAGGGAAAUUACAGAAGAACCUCAAAAUUUAAGGGAUACAACAAGCAGCAGUCGAUAUGACCAAUCAGUGAAAAAAAAGGCACCAAAACCGAGUAAGGUAAACUGUGAAAAAAUUAAAAGUAAAAUUGUUCAUCAACUGUUUAAAAUGGACAAAGAGAAGAUACAUAAAUUGUUAGACAAUCCCAACUCUUCUACCAAAUUUGAGUAUGCGAUUAAUAGUUUGCUGACUGAGUCUCAAAAUAGUUUUAACCAACAUUUAAGGUCUGUAGCUGAAAAAUCUCUGUGCACAUCUAGUAAGGAGUUUAUGCAAAAUGAUAAUAACACCAUAUAUGAAGAUACAUUUAUGAAACAAAUGCAAUGCAUUCUCGACCCCCAAGACAGUGUCUUAUUGGAAGAUAUAAAGCCAUUAGUAAUGGCUGAAUUAAGCAACAUUUUACAAUUAGAUGAUGUAGAUGGCAGAUUUGACAAUCAAAAUAGUUACUCAUAUUAUAAUGAAAAUAAUAUGGAACAAGGUUAUGACCAUGAAAGUAAUCCAAUGUACUAUGAAGAAGAUUACUUUGAAACUUUAAGCCCUGGCUAUACAAAUUUUGAUGACUUUGAUUUACAAUUUAAUAAUCAAAGUUUUAAAGAAACAAAGCCAUUGUUUGAGAGGAGGCAACGACGAAAAAGUUGUAGCAUUAUGCCUGAAGAAAACACACAAAAGAGACCCAGCUUUUCACCGGACAUAGAAACUGCUUCUGUCAGGCGAGUCAUACGGAAUAGUGUGGAGAGUAAAAUAAUAGAUGAUUAUCCUUCAGGCGAAUCGUUCAUGCCAAAUGACAGUAAUAGCAAACCUAUUUUUGAUGCUAAUGCAGAUUCUGUAGAGGAUGAGGAUACCUUUGCAGAGUUAGAUAGACAGUAUCAUGUCGCAGUAGAUCAUGAUUUGAUUGAAAAUGAUGAGUUAUCAGAUACCAUUCAACAUGAUGCACAUUCCAUAAAAAUUAAACAGGAAAAACAAUGUACCAUCCAAACAAGCACUCAGAAGCCAAAUAAACUAGUGGAUAUUCUUCAAUCUCCUAUCAGGGUUACACAAUUUGUAAAACAAGAAAUUGACUGCCAACUACAAACUUUGGCUUCUGAAGAACUAGAAUGUGUAGUAAAAGAAGAAACAGACGUAAAAAGUAGCAAACAAAGACUAAGAGAAAAAGCUUCAAAGCACCCGAAUAAAGUUGAUGAUACGAAAAAAAACGCCAAUUUAGGAUGUUCUGAAAAUAUAACUACAUCAAAACCACCGCCAUCUUCUCAUUCUCGUAAGAGAUCAAUGGACCAAAGACCCCCGCAUCGUAAAGAAAAGCGCAGAAAAUCGCACGACGAUAGCGAUGAUAAACCAUGUCUAGAAAAGGAAGAAAGUAAUAGGUUUACAUUUGAUAAACAUAUAAACGAAACUCGCAUUAACAUCACUGAACCAAAGGAUGUAUCAAAGAAUACUACAGAAAAUAGACAUGCUAAAGAUAAUUGUUCACUUUCCAAUGAAAAGAAACUUGAUAAAAGUUUCUCAGAGAAAUUUGUAAAAAGAAAAGAUACUCCAAAACAAGAAAAUAAAGAACGAAAAAGACAAAAUUCUACCUCAUCAAGUCAUUCCAUCAGCCCUAAAAAUACAAUAUUAAAUCAGACAACAUUAAAAGCUGAUGCCAAAAGCUCUCUCAAAACAAUAGACAUGUUUACGGAAGUUCCAAAAAAAAUCAACAUACACCAAGCAUUUAGAAAUACAGCUGCAAACACGUCUCCUAAAAAAAUUGCCGAAAUAAAACCUAAACGUAUAACGUCUUUGAAUCAAAAGUCCCAGAAGAAAAACGAUGACGUUAUAAGAUUAGUACAUAAAGAAGUCCAGACUUUGUCCUCAAAGAGUUCAACAUCAAGGUAUUGCCAAACGGAGAGGCAGAAAUUUACUUCUAAAGCUACACAAACAGACUUAGCACCAAUCAACCAUAAAGCAUCAAAAUCAACUGAUACUUUUGAGAGAAUGAAAGAAAUCGACAUUGAAAUUCAAAUGUUACUGCAAGAAAAGUUCAAGUUAUACAGCUCCAUGGAGAAUAAAGGACCUAUGCCAAUGCACAAUUUAGGUAUGACAGUACUAAGCGUCAAUUCACUUGAAGAUAAUAAAGAGGAGGUAGACUUGGAAGAUAGUAUUGUUAAUAACUUUACUAAUAUACCAGAAGAGGAGUUAGCCGAUAUAGCAUUAGAACCAGUUGAAACACCACCGACACCUGUCAACAGCCGUCGAGCACAGAGACGAAACAUUAGCUACAAUGCUAUGCACCAUGGAACUAGGCCCAAACCACCUAAACGGAAGGCUAAAACCCCAAACUUCUCACUAAUAGAACAGAUUAUAACUGACGAUAGACCAUUAGAAGAUAUAAUAUCGCUCGAUGAUUUAGAAGAAUCACCUAAACAGAUUAAGAAGAAACCAAAAUCUAAACCCAAAAAGAAAGGCAAUAAAAAGAAGAUGCCUAAUGCGUCUCUUGUCUUCAAUUUAAAGGAGUGUUACAUUCCGUUACUGCGUGAAGAUCUGCAUCGAUACUUGAAUAAAAGGAGUGAAGAUGAACAGAGCAAUGACUCUAGUAUUCCCUCGGUCUCUGAAGUAUGUGCCCAAGAACAAACAGGUGUAUAUGAACGAAGUCAUUGCGAAGAAGUGAUUGUAGAAACCGUAGUAGCAGAUUUACAAUUUGACAUGUUAGAUGUGUCAGAAGAUAUUGUGAUUGGAGAGAGUUAUGACGAUAAGAGUACGAUUGAAAAAGAAACCUCAGAAAUUGGUAGGCCGAUAAGUGAAGAGAUAAUCUUGGAUAAUAGUCAAUCGUCGAUGGAAGAAGUUACUGCGCCAGCUAUAUCUCAGGAUGGGGAGUGUAAAUUGUUUGAUUACUCAGCAGAUGAGAACCUUCAACAUGAUUCGCUAGUGGUAAGCGGACACACUGAUGCUGUUCUCGCGAUUGAGUUCGUUGGGACAAAUUUCUUAGCAGCCUGCCUAGAUGGGAAUGUUUAUUACUUCAAUUCUGACGGCCAGCUCAUCACAACUCUGCGGGGAUCAAACCUAGCUGUGACUUGCCUCUGUAUAGUGAAGGAGAAGUAUGGCACUACAGUUUACACUGGCUCCCUCGAUUCGAGGAUACGAAACUACGAUCUCGAGACGGGCUUGGAAAAAGGGCCAGAGUGCAACGUUCUUAGCCCCAUACAAACGAUGGACCGCGCGUGGGACACAGUGUUUGUGGGAACUAGGACUGGAUUCGUGUUACAGUUUGAAUGUAAAAACAACUUGCUAAUACCAAUAAGUACUGUCAAGUUCUCGGACCAAUCUAUACUGGCCCUACGCGCUAUGAAGGAAGGUCCCCGCAAAGUUUUGCUAGUCGCAGCUCGCUCUGAGAAUGUGACAGUCAAAGACGCGCAGACUGGCUUGCUCUUGCGCACGCUAAAUGGACCAAAGAUGACCGUCUACACCCUUUUGUAUGAAGAUGGGAAGAUUUACUGUGGGACCAGUAGUCAUCAGAUACACGUCUUCGAAUAUACUAGUGGAACACAUGUCGGCACCCACGAAGGUGGUAAAGGAGCAGUGUGCUUACGAACAGCUGGUGGACUUUUGUUCGCUGGAUGCUACGAUGGAUGUAUAUAUGUUUAUCGAGAGGGCGAAACGCGCCCCUUUGCGCAAAUCCGCGGGCCAAGCCUUAUGCUUCUCUGCUUAGCUGUCGUGGGGACCAAGAUUAUAGCUGGUUAUAAAGACAGAAGUUUGUACAUAUGGAAAAUACCACUAAGUAUACUGCAAGAGAUGAUUUUGUAA